CAUCAAAUCCCCUACUCAGCACACUACGAAAACGCUCUCUACCAUAUCCUCGAAUACCCACCCCGCACACGCGACGGCAUCUUCAUCAUCCCAAACGACUCGUCCGAGCAACCGAAACAAGGCAUCUCCGUGCGCGAAAGAGACAUAGAUCCAGCUUCCUUGCCGCAAAUCUCGUUGCAGCAGCUUCCGCUUUCUGUGCAUGAUCCUAGGCGUGUGUUUGCGAGUCCCAUACCAGGACUUAGAUUGACCCAUCCUGGUGGGUAUUUGGAGGGUGGUCCUGGUCCCUCGCCUGAGGAGCAGAAAAUCUGGGCUAGAGAGUUUGUCGAGAGGGAAGGUGUGGUGGGUGAGGAGGCCUUGGAUAUGGCCGUGCAACAUCACAUGCAGCAGAAUAUGGAGUUGGCAAAAGAGCGCAUGCGCGCCCGCUACGAUGCCCUACAGCAGAACACAAGAAUCGAAAAGGAGAUCAAGACGUUGAUGGACCAGAGGGAGAUGGAAGUCAAGAUUGAGACACGCAUGAAGGAGGAUGCAAGGAAGAGAAGGGAGAAUCGCGAACACAAGAGG